AACAAAGGCUUUCCCUCGUCGGCACAUUCUGCUUUUCGAUAUAAACCUCGAGUGUGCUGCAACUGAGUGGGAGGUGAGCAAUUCAGUAAUUUACAAUGGGGAAGAUCGAGUUCUAUGAGGAGAAGAAUUUCCAAGGUCACUGUUAUGAGUGCAGCAGUGACUGCCCGGACCUACACUGCUACUUCGGCCGCUGCAACUCCAUCAGGGUGGAGAGUGGCUGCUGGGUCCUCUACGAGCGCCCACAUUACAAGGGCUACCAGUACAUCCUGAGCCCAGGAGAGUACCCUGACCACCAGCAGUGGAUGGGUUUCAGCGACAGCAUCAAAUCUUGUCGGUGUAUAACAAAUGUGUAUGGAAAUAACUAUAAAAUAAGGAUUUAUGAGAGGCCAGAGUUUGGAGGACAGAUGGCGGAAUACUGUGAGGACUGUCCCUCGGUCCAUGAAGCCUUUAAGUUCCGUGAGUUCAACUCUUGCAUGGUGAUGGACGGCGCCUGGGCCUUCUAUGAGCAGCCCAACUACAGGGGGCGCCAGUACUUCCUGGAGAAAGGGGAGUACCGCAACUACUCAGACUGGGGUGCCACCUCCCCCUCCGUGGGUUCUUUCCGCAGGGUCACUGAAUUCUAGAACGCCAUGGUCUUCUAACUAACACUGGGUUUCAAAAAGUUGCUUGUGUGCCUCACAUACUGGCAAAUAAAGCGAUGACUUUGCUGCAAA